GUUGUCUGAAGUAGUCUAAAAGGGAAUUUUUACGACGCCAGCGAAGCAAAAUAAAAAGGCAAUCAUGAUUCAGAUACCUGUGGUUACUCUAGUAGACUAGGUCGAGCUCAUUUGCAUACAGGUGCACGGGAUUUCCAUCAACAUUAUGGCUUCUUGAACGAGAGCAACGCCCGGCAAACUAUCAGCCUUUAACCGACCUUCACUGCUAACAAGAUCGUUACUCCAACCACAUAAGGAAGGUCCGUGGCAGAUUAUGACAUGGGGACGUCAUCCGUAGCAGGGUUCGUGCAAAGAAUAUUCGAGAGACGGCUGUAGCCACAAGACAUGUGAGGUUCCUCUCUACUUAGUACCAGUGCUCCUUUCUUGAUCUUUUUCCAAAGAGUACCUUAAGCACCAGUAAAAGCAAUACAGUGCAAGCGUCAGUGAUGCAGUGUAGUUAUGGGGCAGGUGUCAAGCAGACAUCUGUAGUGAAUGGACAAAAUUCUCCUAACACCCCACCAUGCAGCCCGUCACGUAACGUCAACAAACCAACCAACAAGCACUUCAGCUUGGUUAAACCUCCACCCUUACCUCCCCCUCCUGCAGAGUCUGUACUACAUCCGACAGCUCCAUCUGUUGUGCAGAAGACAGAUACAAGUUUGGGUCAAUCCUAUUUGAGUAAACUGUCUUCACCUCAAAAGAAGCCACUAGAAGAUCUAGUUGCUGUGGAAUGUGCUGAGCCCUCCUCCAAGCUUUCAUCUUCAGCAACCCCUCACGAGAAAAGCUCUUCAAUCCCAGUACUACUGACUACAGCAGAUGAACAAACAAGAACAACAACCUCACAAGAGCAGGAAAAAUUAAAGAAAGUCCCGCCUCCACCACCACCAUUACCAGUUAUAGAAGGAAGUAGUCUGUCAGUACCACCACCACCACCACCACCACCACCACCAUUAUUAUCUGGCACAUUACCUAUGCCACCUCCACCACCACCACCUCCACCAGGAUGUGCUGGGCUACCCCCUCCGCCACCAUCACCUCAACCAGGAUGUGCUGGGCUACCCCCUCCGCCACCACCACCUCCACCAGGAUGUGCUGGGCUACCCCCUCCACCACCACCUAUUGGUAUGAGGUUACCACAGCAAUCAGUGUGCAGAAAGAAAAUCAUUAAACCUGAUGUUCCAAUGAAGCCACUAUUUUGGAAACGCAUUCAGCUAAAAAAACCACAACCAGAACCUUACACAACACUCUGGGAAAAUCUGAUAGAACCAGAUAUCAACACGUCAGAGUUUGCCAAAUGCUUCUCAAAGGUUGAGAGGAAGAAGGAAGGAAAGCUUGUUUCCUCAAAUUCAAUGAGCAAGCUUAAACAAAAAGUUGUUCACCUACUUGAGAGCAAACGAUCCCAGGGUAUCGGAAUCUUGCUGAGCUCUUUGCAUGCUAACUUGGAUGAGAUCAAAGACUCUCUCUACAAAAUGGACACAUCUGUUAUUGACUAUGAAAACCUCAAAGCACUUUAUGAAAACAGGGGAACAAAAGAAGAGCUAAGCACGAUUGAACAAUACUUAGAGGAUAACCCAGAUGCUAUACUUGAUCGACCUGAGCAAUUCCUUCUUGAUGUCUCCAAGAUUGUGUGCUAUGAAGAGCGGCUAGCUUGCCUGAUUGCAAGGACUACUGUCAGGGAUGGCCUUGAGGAAAUCGGACAGAUGCUAACAAAUUUCAGACUCGUUUGUGAAGAGCUUCAAAAAGGCAAAAAUGUGCAUAACAUCAUGGGACUUAUUUUGGCAUUUGGUAAUUUUAUGAAUGGAGGAAAUAUAGCACGUGGACAAGCAGAUGGUUUUGAUCUUGAAAUCAUACCAAAGCUUAAGGAUGUCAAGUCCAGGAACAACACAUCAAACCUACUCUGCUACCUUGUCCAGGAAUAUGUCAUGAUCUUUGAUAAGGAUGCUGGGACACUAUCUGCAAAGUUUCCUUUGCCAGAGCCUGCAGACCUUCAGUCAGCUUCUCAAGUCAGCUUUGAUGAUGUGCAGGCUGACCUCAGGAAUAUAGAAAAAAAGAUUGAGAGCUGUGAUGUCAUGGUUACUCGGGUACUGAGAGAGAGUGAUGCUAAUCUUGUGCAGCCUUUCAAAAAGAUCAUGAAUAAGUUCUUGGUUGAAAAUCGGAAUGAACUUAAGGAGCAAAUACAAGCCCUGGAAGACUGUCAAAAAAGGUUUAGCGUUCUGUUGCCUUUUUUCUACAAUCAGCUCCCUACACUAACUGCGCAAGAGUUCUUUGACAUUUGGGUGAAGUUCACCUCUGAUUUCAAAGUCAUUUGGAAGAAAGAACAGCAAAGGAUCUCCAAACAGCUCUAUGAAAAAACUAAAAAGAAACUAAAAGAAAAGCAAGUUGAAAACAUCUCCAAGAAGCCAAUCUCCAUCUCUGGAUUAAAGUUAAAGAUUGCUUACAAAAAAGGAAAAUGAAAAUGAAAUUAUUAAUUAUCUUUAUGGUUUGAGUAAUUAAGCCUUAUUUGGUAAUAUUAUUUAUUUAUCUGUGAAUAAGACAUAUCACACUAUUUUUUUUUCAGUUGAAAAUUCAGUGCUUGAUAUGAUAUUAUAUAUAAUAUAUAUUGAAAUGAUAUAAGAUGCAUGAAUCCUAUUAUAUGGCAGUGCCAUCUGUAUAUAUAUAUAUAUAUUUGUUUGACAUCAGCUUAAUGGUUUAGAUUUGCAUAAUUAAUCCUGGUGUGACAUUACUUGUGCAGGCACAGUGUUCAUAGCAGCUACAAAUUAAAUGUAUAAAUUUUUCCAGUAAUUGAUGUCAUGUUCAUAAAAAAAUGGUUGAAAAUUUGUUUUGUUAAUAGGACCCUUUCUGCGUGAUGUUGCCCAUGUAACAAAGUGUUUCACGUAAUUUAUUAAUUUGUUAUAUUUAUUUAUCAUAAAUACUUAUAUAUUUAUACUAAUUUAUAUAUUUAUGUAUAUUCAAUAACCUGCCAUAUAAGGCCCAUUUUAAAAGUUUUUUUGGUGAUGUCAUGCUAUUACAGUAUAACAAAAGAUUUAAAUUAGCUUAUUUAAACAAAUAUUUGGCUCUGCUAUGAUCCUAGUUUGAUACAUUGCAAGUAGCUUAUUUGUACUUUUUUAUGUUUCCAGUAAAGUUGCCAAAGUGACCCAUAGAUCGUACAGUUUAUCAACAUACGAGAAGAUAUGGUACAUUGCAGAUAUAUUUUUUCUAGCUCUUCUUUAGAAUUAUAAUAGACCAUAUGCAAAGGUUCAAAAGAUUGUAGUAUCUGCCCAGUUGGGCAAUAAAUGAAAACUAUAACCGUG